GUCAGUGCUGGUUGAGGGUCUUAGAUGCGAAGAAGUUACGGAUUGUCCUACGACCAUUGCCAGUGCUCUCUGUCCCAGGCGCCCAACAAUGUCCCCUCGUUUACUUCUCCAGCCCUCUCUCAGGGCUUUCACCGGCUCUUCCUCUACCCAGACUCCUUUCGCUGCCCUCUCUUUCAACCCCUCCAAGAUCACAAUCAGAGCCGGCUCUGCGGAGGCACGGGAACGCCGUAGACAUGACCCUUUCUUGACUGCUCAGUCCCGCCAGCGCAAGGCGGCCAAUCUCUCUCGCCGCAAAGCUCUCGCCGACGAACGGGAAGAAGCUCUGGGAGACCCGGUGAGAAGCGAACCGACCCCCUUUAUCGAAGAGUUGCAGAAGACCUCGGUGUCUCCAAACGAAAGGCUCAAUUUUUACUUGGCACGGAAAGACUACGAACGCGCCCUCGCGUAUUCGCGAAACUUGACUGCCCCUCUCGAGAACCCGAACCGCGAUACCGCCGAUCCUCAGCUCGAGAAGGAGCAAGUGGACGACCACCUCAAGCAGCAUGAAAACGCGAAGAAAGCGAUGGAUCGUAUCCUGGACCUUGCCAGUGGAAACAAUCAAGACAGAAUGCGCAUUAACAUCCAGAAAUGCAUUGAGACUUUCGGGCGACACAACACGGACAAGAAGUUGCCUCCCAAGCCAGCGGGCGUGGCUCCUGAGAAUGCAACUGUUCACCCGCCGAAGGAUCCCCGUUGCGGUAUCGAUACUGGCUCCUCGGAAGUUCAGGUGGCGAUUCUGACCUCCAAGAUCAUCAACCUGACGAGGCACCUCGAGCAUACCAACAAGGACAAGCACAACAAGCGCAAUCUGCGCCUCCUCGUGCACAAGCGGCAGAAGCUUCUCCGUUACCUUCGCCGGAGGGAACGCGGAGGUCCCAGGUGGCAGCACCUUGUUGAGACCCUUGGUCUGUCAGACGCUGCUUGGAAGGGUGAGAUUAGCAUGUGAAUGGACAGAGGCCCUGUCGGCGUUUGUAAUCUAUUUUUUUCCUUUGGCUUCCACAUCUCGGACUAUACUUUCGGCGUAUAGCAACCUCAUGAUCUUCUUUCACUGACAUCGUUUCUCUCCUCCGUCAACCCGGUGACUAUGAUAGAGAGUCGGCGGCAUUUUUCCCACUGGUGCUACAUUACGCUGGCGACGUCCGCUUGCCUCAAGAGCCUUAUCAUGUACUGUACAAAUACUAUUGUUAUUGAUGAC